AUGGCAGAUGACAAAGGAAAGCCGACAAACAGUGUGGAUGACGGUGAUGACACAGUUGUCAAGUCAUAUCCACUACGUUCGCGAACGGGAACAGGCAGACCCGAUUCGCGAAUGGAGAGAACGGCAGACGAUGAUGGUGUGCGUGACGUAUUGUCACAGCAAUCAUCGUCACAGCAAGCGGGAGAAAAUUCGAUGGUUGAAAUGAUGAGAAUUUUUUUUCAAGAAAGAGAACAGGAGAAACUGGAAAGGGAAGCUUAUAAAUUACAAGAACAACGUGAUAGAGAACAGGAGAAACUGGAAAGGGAAGCUUAUAAAUUACAAGAACAACGUGAUAGAGAACAGGAGAAACUGGAAAGGGAAGCUUAUAAAUUACAAAAACAACGUGAUAGAGAACAGGAGAAACGGGAAAGGGAAGCUUAUAAAUUACAAAAACAACGAGAUAGACAAGAAAGGGAACAAAAAGAAAGGGAAAAGGAACGGGAGACAGAGCGAAAAUGGUUUGACCUGAAUACCAUGACUGGUACAAUGAAAAAUAGGAUAGAAGGUAUUCUGCAGAAGGUAGAUGCAUGUGAGAGCACAGUAGGUAACGUGCACAAAGACAUUGAGGUACAAAUCGAAAGCUGCCAGGCAAUUACAACGGAAGUUUCAAAGAAGUCCGCUGAGGUCGGAGCUAAAGUAAACAAGCUUGCAGACCAUGUCGUCACUCUGCAAGGCCAGGUCAAUGACCUGACACAGGCGCUAUCCGAAAUAAACAUUGAAAAGAGGGUGAAUGAUGCUGCAGCCAACGUACGUUCCACGAUAGGAAAAGAAUUUGUAGAAUGGGUCGAGACUAAGGAACAGUACAUAGCAAACAAGGUUCAACACGACUUAAAAGAAGCCGUUAAGUCAGCCACAGUUGAAGUUUUAGCUGCUCCAGAAGACGUGCGUGCUAGCGCGCGGAGUAAUUCUAAUCUUGGCCCGCACACUACACAGCCGCACGGUGUAGGCGCAGACUCAGGUAUGUCAUACCAACCCAACAACAGUAAAGGACAGCAGAAACAUAAAUUCCAGGAUCAAAACAGGUACCACCCCAUAUACCAGACAACACCACAGCAAUACGGUAAUUCACCAGUUAAUUACAAUGAUCGCUAUCACUACAAUGACGAUCGCCAAAAUAAUAAUAAUUUCAUUGGAAAAGGACGUUGGAUUAACACCAACAGUCAACAGCAGUAG